GCGAGCGGGCGUGUGUCGUGCCGCUCCGUGCCUCCUAUUUCUCGAUCAGUGACAGGUGUGAUAGCGAAAGGUCCUCCUUUUUCUCUAUCUCUCUCCUGACACUCCUCCCUCCAAUCCUCUUCCUUCUUGCUCCGUGUCACAUUUCUCUCCCCCACUGCCUCUCCUCCGCCGUUCCUCCUUACCUCCCUUCAUCCCCCUCCUCUGCUCUUUACCUCUUCUCUUCGCUUCUAUCGCGCCCUUCCCCGCCUCGCUUCCAGUAUCCUCUUGUCCAAUCAUCUUAUCAAACAGUGAUGACGUAAGAGGGAAGGAGACGCCCACGACCAAUCAGGUGUCUUCUCUUAUCGGACAGAGGACAGGCAUUCGUUGAGUCGGAUUUCAGAGCGGAUAUAUACGGAUUCUGCGCCGGAUGAGGGGACGAAAACAAAGAAAGACCGGAAAUAUUUGAGUAAGAGAAAACGAAGGGAAAAUUAUGUCUGAUGAUGAACGAAGCUUAACGAAAACUUUCAUACGAAGGUGAAAAAAGUGAGAAAGAUUGGAAAAAAAGUGGGAAAUUAAGACCAAGAGUGAUUCCCAAGCGCAGUGUCGAGUGAAAAUUUGAACUGGAAAAAAGAGGAAGAACAAGAAAGAUGAAAAAUGUGAAGGGAUGAUUUUUUUGUGUGAUACGCUUCACAUCACGACCUAACCCAAAGACGAGAGAGAGAGAGAGAGAGAGAGAGAGAGAGAGAGAGAGAGAGAGAGAGAGAGAGAAAGAUUAAGAUAGAAAGGUCAAAAGUGGACAUUAAUAUCUUUUACCAGAGAGAGAGAGAGAGAGAGAGAGAGAGAGAGAGAGAGAGAGAGAGAGAGAGAGAGAGAAUCACAAGUCGACAUAAAAUAACUAACGAGAUACUAACCUGGACGAAGAGAAGCCGGAUUUGACCCAGCAUACCUGACUCGUGGCCUUCACCAUGCUGGGUCAAAGGUCAUUCACGUGCCCCAUCUUCCUGCUCGUCGUCUGCAUCGACAAACCAUCACUCGUGGACACCAAAGUGCGCAUUGACCCAAGGCGAAAUGACCUCAAGGUUCCGAUCCCCGUGCCCAUGGCCUCCCCCACGCCUGACCCCGGGCCGCACAUCGUGGAGGACUCGCCGAAAUAUGUGGUGGCAGCGGUGGGAUCACCUGCCUAUGUUCCCUGCAAGACUCGGAGCAUUGGGUCAAAAUCGGUUUCAUGGAUAAGACACCGCGACCUCCACGUUCUGACUGUCGGUUCCUUCACCUUCACCAACGACGCUCGCUUCUCCGCCUACCGGGACCAAAACACCGGGGACUGGGUGCUGGUGCUGAGAAACCCCGAACCCUCAGACUCCGGCCAGUAUGAGUGUUCCAUCUCCACUAAGCCUGUCACCGCUAUUACCGUCAAACUGCAGGUGGUGGUACCCACGGUGGAGCUGCUGGGGGGCGGGGCAGUGUACCUGGACCGCGGCAGUACCCUGAACCUCACCUGUAUGGUACACUUCAGCCCUACACCACCUGACUUCAUCUUGUGGUACCAUAGAGACAAGCUCGUGAAUUACGGUCAGCCUGGACGCAACAUUAGUGUGAAGACUGAGCACUUCGAGGACACCACCCGCUCCUCCCUGCUGGUUGAGAACGCCACCACUUGGGACUCCGGGGUUUAUUCCUGUAAGCCCUCCAACGCUAAACGAGCUUCCAUCAAGGUUCACGUCCUCACCAGCGAGACUCCGGCCGCCAUGCAGACGACUACGAGUGGUUGCCGACUGGUACGCACAACCUCGCCCCUCGCCACUUCUUUUGCCUCCUUCACCCUAUUCUUGUCCUUCUUUCCCCUUCGGCUAUUAUAGGUAGAGUACUAUUAAGGCUGGGAUAGGAUAGGAUGAGCGAGAGCGAGCGAGCGAGAGAAAGAGAGAGAGAGAGAGAGUUAGUCAGUCCUUACCCUAAAACUUUUCCCCACCAGAUGUAUUUCCCAUUUUCUAUGUAAUUGAAUGUCGUAUCUACGUUUUCUGUUUCCUCCAUGUGUAGAGAAGAAUGUAAUGAUUAUUGGUGGUAUUUUUACGUCAUAGGGGCAACUCUAAUCUUUUGUAUAUUAACUAACCUGAAAUAGAAGGCGCUUACUGCCAUUUGUAAUACUUGUGUGUGUGUGUGUGUGUGUGUGUGUGUGUGUGUGUGUGUGUGUGUGUGUGUGUGUGUGUGUGUGUGUGUGUGUGUGUGUGUGUGUGUGUGUGUGUGUGUGUGUGUGUGUGUGUGAGCAAAAUGUUCAAUACCUGAAAAUUAACAAGCAUUCCAGGAUGGAUUUUUUUCUUUUUUUUUUUUUUUUUUUAUAAGUACAUGACAUGAAUUCGUUGCCGUAAGUGAAUAGUGAAGACGAUACGUGUGUGUGUGUGUGUGUGUGUGUGUGUGUGUGUGUGUGUGUGUGUGUGUGUGUGUGUGUGUCCCUACCGUACUCUACCCAUGUAAAAUAAUCCUACACGUCAUUUGUGGGGGAGUAACAUGCUGGCUGUAUCAUUUUAACGUGCAGCCUGUGACCAACAUAGCAGUGCAUGGUCGAAAGAGGAGACCACGUGCUAUCGACUCUGUAGUAAUAGCGCCCUGUGUGUAUAUACUGUAAUACUGCUGGCCAUACUAUUUUCCCCUGUCAGUAUUCUUUUGUGGUUUCUUUGUAUACCUUAUUUUUAUGAACACCUUGCAAGACUAAAAUAAUGUAAUGGAUCUUUUUAACCUCUAUACGUACUAAGUGAAGGAGCUUUUAACUAAGGAACAUGUGAAUAAUGGAAAAGUGACGGAAAGUGAUGAUAAAGAUUUGGCACUGAAAAAAAAAAAAUGAAAAAUUACAAGAGAAAAAUAAACAAACGUUAAAGAAAUAUAAAAACCUGCGUGACACUCAUUAUUUCUUUUCCGGUAUGAAUAAAAUAAAAAUAAGUAAACAAAAGCUAUGUGUGUGACCUUCUCCAUUUAUAAACAUGAAUAAUGAAUAAUGAAUAAUGAAUGGUCUUCCUGAUGGCGUGAGUGUUCUGUAUAAUGCCAUGAAUAAACUGUACGUAUA